AUGCACUUCAACAACGCCCUCAUGGCCGCCGUCGCCGUCGCCGGCUCGGUCUCCGGCCUCGCCGUCCGCCAGACCCCCAUCUGGCAGACCCUCCCCGCGACCCCGAACCUCCCCACCCCCAUCUCCACGGCCAAGACGGCCAUCAACGGCAUCCAGAUGUGGUUCCAGGAGUACAACAAGGCGGCCGGCGGCGUCCCCAUCGUCAUGGACCACGGCGGCCUCGGCUACUCUGCCUACUUUGGCUCCGUCAUCUCCCGCCUCGUCUCCGCGGGCCACUACGUCAUCGCCGUCGACCGCCGCGGCCACGGCCGCACGACGUACAACAAGGACGACGUCUUCACCUACGACCAGAUGGCGCUCGACAUCCACGACCUCCUCGCCGGCGCCGGCGUGUCCUCGUACAACGUCGUCGGCUGGUCUGAUGGUGGCAUCACCACCCUCGCGGCGCUCAUCAACUCCGUCACGGCCAAGCCCAUCAACAAGGCCUUCAUUUUCGGCGCCUCGGCCAAGCCUGACCAGACCAACGCUACCUUCAGCGACACUGCCAUCUUCUCUACUCUGGUCGCCCGCUGCAGGACCGAGUACGGCACCCUCCAGCCCGGAGCCAACUUCACCGAGUUCGCGACCAAGGUUGCCACCAUGGAGGGUACUCUGCCGCAGUUCACCGAUGCUCAGCUUAAGAGCAUUCCUGGUGCCAAGGUCAUGAUUGCCGGCGCCGAGCACGAGGAGGCUGUCAACCGCGAUGUCCCCGGUAUCUUGAACAAGGCUAUCCCCGGCAGCAAGGUUACCAUCCUCACUGGUGUCAGCCACUUUGCGCCCAUGCAGGACCCUGACCAGUUCACCAAGGCUGUUACCGACUUCUUCAAGGCAUAA